UUUCAACGUGGGUAACUUGAAGAUUACGAGCAGUCAGUACAGUGAGUCAUACCGAUGAUUAUAAAGUGAACAUUUGUGAUAAUGAUUUAAUUAAAUCAUGGCGGUGGUUUUAGAAAAUACGAUCAAUUGUGUUUGGCUUGCGUUCGAAUCUUUGCAACAGGAUAAAUCCGGAUUUGUACAUAAAUCUAAACUAAAAGUAUUAACCGCUAAUAUAGGGACGCUGUUAGAUCUCUAUGGGGUCGAAAGAGGCUUGGAACACUUCCGCAGCACUUCCGUUUUAAAUUUCGACCAAUUCAAAUAUUAUUUGCAAAAAGAAGUGUUCGCCUCGUUGCCGAAAACGCUACAACACCAAGAAAUUCGAGUGUACGAGAAUAAAAUCGCCGAAGUUUGUUGGUUGAUAUGCAGAAAAAAAUAUUUACCCAGAGAUGGUAGAAUUUUAUCGGAAGAUUCGGUUUUUCAAAUAUUUCGAAUUUUCUGCGUGUUAGCCGAACUGGUAAUCGAUCAUAACAACGAUAACGUUUAUCAAGUUCUACUGCAUCCUUCCGAAGUUUGUAAUAUAGCUCAGAAUAUUUCAUCGUCUCUAGGGUGUAAAUUCGACGAAGAAGAUUUCUCCAAUCUAAGCGUAUCGAUGGGGAAUUUUCGAUUAGCGCCUUUUAUCGCCGUUUUAGAAUCGAGAUAUUUGAUUGAAAUUAAAGACGAGGUCGCUCUUACCGAAGCCAUAUACGAUGUUUAUCAAAAAAUAGUCGAGGAUGUUAUAAAAAAAGGAUUCCUCUCGAAAAAGGGUUACAUUUUUCCCACUAUGAAAGAAUAUUGGUUCGUGUUAAGACCGACAGAAUUGGCAUAUUAUACGGGGAGGAGCGAAAAAGAUCGAAAAGGUUCUUUACCGAUAGAACCCGGAUGUAAAGUUGAACCCAAAGCUGGUUAUAGAAUUUUAUUGCACAGUUCUGAAAGAACUUUUGAAUUAGGGACAUCGGAUCAUAUGAGUAGACUACAAUGGGUAUCGGCUCUACAACUUGCUUCCGAACAUUCAGGUAAGCAUGAAAGUUACCAACGUCUUCAGGCCGUUAAGAGAAGGCUACAAAGACAAGGUAGGAUUCAGGAAAUGAUUAGAGCCAAAUUUCAAUUACAACAAGAACGAAAUGCCAGACAAGCCGCCGAAGGGCAUGCAAAAGAAUUGGAAGUUGUCGUUAAAGAGGAAGCUCGACGAUUGAUUGAAUUGGAGGAACUGAGAGCUAAACUUGAGAGACUUUUAGAAGAAGAAACUCAAGCGAAACGAGAUGAGGAAAUUGUAAGGGGAUUGCAAGCUAGAGUAUUGGCAGAAGAAUGGGAGAAACGUGAAGAAUUGGAAAGAUUGCAAGAAGAACAAAGAGUUUUACUCGAAGAAGAAAGACAAAAACGUAAAGAAUACGAGGAACUUCAAAGGGAAAAAGAAGCUCAACUUAAAUGCGCCGAGGAACGUUUGAGUCAAUUAGAAAAAGAACGAUUACAUUUGGACAGACAAUUAAAAAUCGCUAAUCAACAAAUGAAAUACACCGAAAAUAGGAAGGAAAUUUUGGAAAACAAACUUUAUCCGAUCGUAGGUGAAAAGGUGAGAAGGGCUCAUUCGUUUAUGCCGAGCACGAAAGAAAAACCGGUCGUCUUCGAAGUCAGAUCUUCCACAUUAAAAAGAAGUUGAAAAAAUUAACAAAAUAUAUUUAUUUUUAUAUAACAUUAUAUAUAUUUAUAUAAUAG